CGGGACAUGAUUUCCUGGCGUACAUAAUCCGUUUUUACAUACAGGAAAAAGAAAUUUCACACCAUCUUUGGGUGAAGCAGGAAGCUGCGGGGCUCUGGCCGGGAAAGAAUAUUUAAACGUCGUUGGAUCCGUCGGUUUAUUCGAGGUUCAGCUUCUUCUCUCACAUACAAACACAUAAAUAAAACAUACAAUAUGGUCCAGCCACAAGAACCUGAAUUCCAGCAAGCCUACAACGAAUUGGUCUCCACCUUGGAAGACUCCACCUUGUUCCAACAACACCCUCAGUACAAGAAGGUGAUCCCAGUGGUCUCCAUCCCAGAACGUGUCUUCCAGUUCCGUGUGACCUGGGAGAACGACAAAGGUGAGUUGGAAGUCAACACCGGUUACCGUGUGCAGUUCAACUCCGCCUUGGGUCCAUUCAAGGGUGGUUUGAGAUUGCACCCAUCCGUCAACUUGUCCAUCUUGAAGUUCUUGGGUUUCGAACAGAUCUUCAAGAACGCCUUGACCGGCUUGUCCAUGGGUGGUGGUAAGGGUGGUUCCGACUUCAACCCUAAGGGCCGUUCGGAUUCCGAAAUCAGAAGAUUCUGUAUCGCCUUCAUGAGACAGUUGGCCAGAUACAUCGGUAAGGACACUGAUGUGCCAGCCGGUGACAUUGGUACCGGUGGUCGUGAAAUCGGCUUCAUGUUCGGUGCCUACAAGCAGAUGCAGAACGAGUUUGCCGGGAUUUUGACCGGUAAGGGCUUGUCCUGGGGUGGUUCUUUGAUCAGAACCGAGGCUACUGGUUUCGGUUUGAUCUACUACGUCGAAAAGAUGAUUGAGCUUGCCUCCAAGGGCAAGGAAUCCUUCAAGGGCAAGAGAGUUGCCGUUUCCGGUUCCGGUAACGUCGCUCAGUACGCCGCAUUGAAGGCCAUUGAAUUGGGCUCCACCGUUGUUUCCUUGUCUGACUCCAAGGGUACCAUCAUCGUUCAGGACGGUGUUACCCCAGAGCAGAUCGCCGCUGUCGGCGAAGCCAAGUUGAAGUUCAAGUCUUUGGAAGAAAUCAUUGCCUCGGCUCCAGCUUUCUCUGGCAAGCAGGUGAAGUACAUUGCCGAAGCUCGUCCAUGGGUCCACGUCGGCCAGAUCGACAUUGCCUUGCCAUGCGCUACCCAGAAUGAAGUCUCUGCCGAGGAAGCUGAGGCCUUGGUCGCUGCCGGCUGUAAGUUCAUUGCCGAAGGGUCUAACAUGGGCUCUGAAGCCGCUGCUAUUGAUGUCUUCGAGGCUCACCGCGCCAAUGGUGUCUGGUAUGCCCCAGGUAAGGCCGCCAACUGUGGUGGGGUUGCCGUCUCUGGUUUGGAAAUGGCCCAGAACUCCCAGAGAGUCUCCUGGACCGACGAUGAAGUUGACUUUAAGUUGAAGGAAAUUAUGGUUAACUGCUUCAACAACUGUUACGACACUGCUGUUAAGUAUGCCCCAGAGGAAGGCUUGCCAUCCUUGUUGAAGGGUGCUAACAUUGCUGGUUUCCUCAAGGUUGCCGACGCCAUGUUCGCCCAGGGUGACUGCUUCUAAAUCUCCGGGAUCCCGUUAUACUAAUUUUUGUUUUACUAUCCUGGUGAUGUUUUUUUGCAUGUUUUCGUUUUCUGUUCUAUUUAGUUUUCCUUUCAUAUAUUGGUGUUUGAUACAUAAUAACGUUUGGCUUUAAAA